GUUUAUUGAUUUGCUUGCUUGUUUGUUCAUCUAUCUGUCUGUCUGUCUGUCCGUCUGUCUAACUGUCUGUCUGUCUACUCUGUCUUUUGCAUAACCCAAGAAAUCCCACCCACAUAUUUUUUUCUUACUUUUACCAUUUUACCGGCUGAUCAGCAACAGUAUCAAAUCAUCCCGGACUAUAAAUGGAUAGGAUGAAUGUGGCAGAGUACUUGCAGCGGAUUGGGUAUAAAGGCCCCUUUCAAAAAGCUGACCUGGAGACCCUGAACCACAUCCACAAGCUACACAUAGAUUCCAUCCCUUUUGAGAAUCUCAGCAUACACUGUGGAGAGAAGAUCACCAUGGACCUGGCCGUUAUCUAUGACAAGAUUAUAAGGAAGAACCGUGGAGGCUGGUGCUGUGAGAACAACUAUCUCUUUUCCUGGGUGCUGAAGGAGCUGGGCUACAACAACACAAUUUUGGGGGCAAGGGUCUUCAACAACCUUCUGAACCAGUUUAAUCCCAUGGAGAGUCACUUCAUCAAUAAAGUUGACAUCGACGGUGUGUCAUACAUUGCCGACGUCAGCUUCGGGGUGUCUGGUCAGAUCUGGCAGCCCCUUGAGCUUACGGCGGAUAAGGACCAGCCUCAGAUGCCUGGAGUCUACCGCUUAAUAAAGGCAGACGGAAUGUGGGUUUUGCAGAAGACAAGUAGAAGGCAAAUAAUUCCAAAUGAAGCAUUUGCCAAGUCCGAUCUGUUGAAUAAAAGCAUCACAAAAAAAAUCUAUGGGUUCACAUUGGCACCACGUCAGCCUGAACACUUUAUGGAGAACAUCCAAUUCCUCCAGACCUCCCCAGCGUCAUUAUUUGUGCAAAAGUCCAUCUGCUCCCAGCAGACACCCACUGGGUUCCGUGCUCUCAUUGGCUGGACCUACACUGAGGUCACCUAUAACUAUGAGGAAGGUGCUGAUCUAUUCAACAUUGAAAAUAUACCGAAUGAAGAAGUAGAAACAGUUUUGAAAGACAAGUUUAAUCUCUUGUUAGAAAAAAGACUUGUUCCUUUAAAUAACAGGGCUGCAUAUACACUCUAAGGAUCCAAAAUUCAAGGCACAGCCUGUAGCGCAAUCACUUGCCACCCAAUGCUUCAUUGAGCCUCACAAAAACAAAGCUUGAAAAAAAAAAAAAAAGGACUACUAACUAUUCCUUAAUUUUUUUUUUGAUUUACUGGACAUAUGUACUAAAAUGAUUUGUGUAGAGAUGUACUUAGUUUGAAGAACAGAUUUAAGGUGAUGUGUAAGAUACAGGGGGUUUGGGAGAUGACCUAUGGUUAAAGAUGCACAAUAAUCCAUUUCACAUAGUCCAAUAACCAAUGGAUUUUCAAAGACACUACCUGAAAAUAUUAAACAUCACAGUGGAUAAGCUUUCCCCCUUUUUUCACUAUACGGUUUAAAAGACAUUUUUAUCAAAAAACAGAGGUAAACUUUCACAAAACGUCCCAAAGUGUACAUCUCUCUCUCAUCCAUCCACCCAUCCAUCCAUCCUAGUCAAGGUGGCAAGGGCUUAGGUAGUACAUGGUACAUGGCAGGGGAGUACCCUGAACUACAUACCAGUCCAUCUCAGGACACAUGCAAGCGCACACAUGUCAUGGCAAGUAUCACUCAGUUUCGUUUCUGAUAAAAUGACAAAUAAAAGAAUUAGAUUGAACACAAAGCUUAGCAACCAGCCUCCAGCAUCACAUCCAGGAGUCUGAUGGUGAGAACUGUAGCCUAUCCCAGAUUAGGGCACCGGACAGGGAAACAACCUGGAUGGGAGGCAAGUAACUCCAGUCCAGAAAAACAAAAUCUCCGGCUUAAGUACAAAUGUGAAAAUUCAGGAACAGCUAAACUGGAACUCAAGGAACAGGGUCCGCACAGAAAAAAAAAAAACUACAACAAAAUGUGAUAUGAAUAUUUUAGCCUAAGGUAUAUGACA